UGUUCAGUUUGGUGUGUCAGUUUGGCUGGUCGACAACUAAUUAUAUUUUCUCAAUGUUUGUAAGUUUAAUAAACAAUUUUGAGUGGUCGCUUACAAUCAAAUGUGCAUGUAGCAGUAGCUUGGCAGACUUCUUCGAUAUCUAUUACAUAACUUUUAGAUUCAUCAGCAGCGUUAAUAACUAAUUUAUCGUGCUGUGGUUCUAGAACACUAAACAGAGUAGCAAUAAGUCAUACACACAUGACCCCCCGAUUCCCACUCCAGUCAGCCCUACGUGAACUUUGAGCUCGAAAUCGGGUUUACACUGUGGUAAUUUUGCCUGAUGUGUUCCACGCAGAGAUCGAUUUUCUUCUAUUGUGUCAUCAACACACACUUUUGAUCGUUGUGACUGUGCACUGCCCAGCAAGACCAACAACAUCAUGGAAGCCAUCUCGCUGGUUCUGUGGAUUAUUUUAUUUCCAUCGGUUGUUUGCAUGAUCGUGUUCCUCUUUACUCGACCUCAGACUGCCAAAGGACGAUGGUUUUACCUCAGAUAUUUGUAUAUGCGCUGGUUGGUGUUUCUUGCCAGGCGCAAUUCUUUGACUCUUGGUAGACGGUCAAGAAAUUGUCGAUUGAUGAUGGUAAAAGCAAAGGAGAUGAUGCUACUGGAGUCAAGCAAGUUAGACUCGGAGAAUUAUAAAUCACUCUACAUCAAUGGUUCAGAUGUCAAUGGCGACCACCGUGUAGUAGUCCGUCUGACUAGUUUACCGGGAAACCACCAGCAAAGUGAAGUUUGUUUCUUGCUUCGUGUACGGGGUAUCGGCGAUCUCGUCUUACCAGGACACCCUUCCUGUCACUUCGACAUCGCCGAGGGAGAUGGUUUCGCUGCGGCAGGCCUGAAAUGCACCGUGGUCGAGCCGCUAAGAAUAUGGAGAAUUAGCUACAAUGGAAUGUGCCGUGUUGGUGCUAGAGACACAUCAGAUGAGCAAGUUGACGAACGUCCGUUGGUUCAUGUCCGAUGCACAUUGUUAUGGAGUGCCUUCACGUCUUACUUUGAUUUCACCACCGAUGUCCAUCCUCACCUGGCAGCCGAAAAUCUCGCGACAAACCCGUCCUCAAAGAAUGAUCUGAUUGGACGAAUAAAUAGUAAUUCUAGCCACCACUAUGAGCAGUUUGGAAUGAUCCAUGGAACUGUCCAAGUUGGAGGUAACGAGGAGACUACACUGCUCAUGCGCGGUGUGAAGACACUAUCAGGUGGAUCAGGAUCGGACCAAUGGGAUGAGAGCAUACAGUAUUACGUCAUCAACUACAUUGUACAGGAGGAUGGAAAGUGUCUUCACGUGGGCGCCUACUACGAUGGGAAAAGUGUCUCGUUCUCAGGGUUUAUGACCAACCCAAAUGGUUUUAUACACCCAGUACGGUCGGUAUAUUUACCCGUGUGUCAACUGAUGGGGAAUUGUAACGAGCUGCCCAAGACAUUCUCAUUCAGUGUUCGUUUUGAAAAUGAUUCAAUUCUAGAGAUACAAACUAAAGUUGACAAGAGAGCCUACUUCAACCUGGGCACGGACCAGAGCAUGAGGGUAUGUGAAGCUAUGAGUAGCUACCGGGUCAACGGCGUGCAGGCACGGGGCUUCUGUCGAACAAUGUUCAGAUCCGACAAUGCGGGACCGAAAACUCAUCCCAUCCAAGAGAGAUGUCAACUUUGCAAGGAGCCAGCCGAACUCUGCGGGGCUGAUCGAGAAGCUUUGGUGCUACCUUUAGGAGCCUCUUCGUGUCGAGUUGGUUCAAUGACCGGUGGCAAAGGCUCACAACUCGCCAUGUUGAUAGAGCUCAAGAAACAUCGACAGGUGGAGUUUGAAGUUCCAAAUGGUUUUUGCAUAACAACCAAGGCAUUCAAUCAGCAUAUGGAGGAAAAUGAAGACUUGCGGACUGCCAUAAAGACUCUCAGCGAGGUGUCUUGUGGGAUACAAAAUGGCGACCUGAAAUCGGCCUGUAAAAACACGGUUGCACUGAUCAGCAAAACCGAUAUAUCAGACGACAUGAAAAUAGUUAUCUCCCGCCAAUUUCAUGAGCUGUUUACGGAAAACAAGGACGGCCAAUCGUUUGCUAUUCGUUCUUCUGCUGUCGGCGAAGACACCCCACUGAUGUCGGCCGCAGGACAGAUGGAAACAUAUCUGUGUAUAAACACACUUGAGAAGAUCUUCACGGCUGUGCAGAAGUGUUGGGCCUCACAGUUUUCAUUCCAAGCGGUACAGUACAGAAGACAGUAUGGCCAGACUGUGGAGUCGUCGAUGGCGGUUGUCGUGCAAGAAAUAGUUCCGGCUGAAACCGCAGGUGUAGUAUUCAGUCGGGACCCAAUCACUGGUAACCCAUCACGAGUAGUAAUCAACGCUAACUUUGGACUCGGUGAGAGUGUGGUCGCAGGUGUCAGCGAAGUGGAUACCAUCGCAUUGGAAGUGGAUAGCAUGAACAAUCUGACGGUUGCAGAGAAGACUAUUGGACGGAAAGAAGAAGCCAUUUUCGUGGCAGAAGAAGGGGGAACAAAAGUGACGUCACUGUCAUCCACUGAGUCCGCCGGAUGUGCACUAUCGGACGAUACGUGCUUAAAACUUGGACGGAUUGCACUUAUGCUUGACGAUUGCUUUGGUGAUGGUAGAGACAUCGAGUACGCGGUGGUCGGUGAGACAGUAUACCUCCUUCAGGCUCGAGCCAUUACAACCUUUGAUGUACCCUCACAGUAUGAAUUGCUUCAUGAGUUUGACACUGGUAUUCCCUCCGACCGGCUCUUUAUCACCACAGCAAAUAUACAGGAAAUGUGUCCAGGCAGUACCACUCCGUUAACGCUUAGUCAAUUCUUCUGGGACUGCGAUGCGAGUUUUCAGGUGGACCACCUGGUGCUUGGCAAACCUUUGAUUCUUCCCAAUGUCAAAACAUUAUUCUCAUUCGUCAAUCAAGCCUUCUUGAAUCUCACGGACAUGGUGGAUUUUUCUAAAAGAGCCAGCUUAUUCUCACCGUAUGAAAUGGGCAAAACACUCCUUGGAGAAGAUCUUAAUAUUCAAGACAUCGAUGAGUCCGACAGAAUUGUCACGGAUCACAGUCGGCUGUCAAAGUGGACCUGGCAUCUCAACACUCUCAAGUAUUGCUGGACUUUAUGGUCAAGCAGCGAGCAACUUGAACGUAUGGGGAACGACACACGUUACCAUCUGAACAAGCUAUGGCCUACCGCGAUUGAGCAAAACAAUUACAUUACAGAUAUGGCCGCUGAUAUGGGACAGAUGUGGAGUUGCCAUUUUAAAGAGAGCACCAAAGGAACUAUCAGCCGAAGAAUUGUCCAAGAAAUCCUCAAAAGCGCUAAUAAAGAUGUGAAUGUGGACAGUGAAGCCGCCAUGUUGCUUUCCUCGUGCCCAGGAGUUGAAAGUGCUGAUGUGCCUGUAGCGAUAGAGAGGGUUGCCAGAGCAGUUGAGCAGGAGGGAAUGGGCGUUGCCUUUCGAGACAUGUCACCAGAGGACGCUCUUCAAUGGCUGCGCUCCAAGUCCAGUGGCUCUGCUGGCAGAGCUUUCGAAGAGUUCCUUAAAAUGCACGGCCAUCGAUGCGUGAAAGAGAUUGAGUUACGGGAAAAAUCUUGGGGUAUGGACCCUAUCAAGACUGUACCGGCACUACAGGCCCUUCUUGCGUCUGGGUCCCUGGUGAACAGUUUUGCAAACAAACGGUACCUUGGUACUGAAGAGGCUGUAGCCAGACUCAGGUUUCCACUUUCCAGAAUAGCAAGGUUGCUGAUGGUAAAACUCAUCCUGCCAAAGGCCAGGAGAGAUGUUGCACGUCGAGAGAGGAGUAAGUCGGUAACAAUUAAGGCAACUUACUACAGGAAAGUCGCCUACUGGAGACUUGCUAAACUCAUGGUUAAAGAGGGUCGUUUACCGGACGAAGAUUUGUUGUUUUUCUUCACUCCAACUGAGAUAGGUCAGUUACUUAACGACAGGUCACCCACGCUCGUAGCAAGAGCAUUACGAAGACGGCGCAUCUUACCCGUACAGGACGCUCACAGGUUCCCGCUUCUAUUCCAUGGUAUCCCCAAACCGAUUGAGGAAGAUGCAGAUCCGGAUGAAACAGAGAUGCAAUUGAGAGGUUUUCCUAUUAGUCCGGGGAUUGUGAAGGGCACGGCCCGGGUUGUCACCUGUCUACCUGACGCUUCAAGCAUAAAGCAAGGAGAUAUUCUGAUAACGAGAAUCACAGACAUAGGUUGGAGUCCAUACUUCCCUUUGAUCAAGGGUCUGGUGACUGAAAUAGGAGGCCUCAUGUCACACGGUGCUGUUGUUGCAAGGGAGUAUGGUUUGCCGUGUCUCGUCAAUGUGCAGCGGGCGACCACGGUGUUUCACUCAGGUGAUACUGUUAUGUUGAACGGAGCUAACGGGACGAUCGACAAACUUCUUACCAAUUGAGUGUUACAAAUCACUACUUCUGAGUCACUCUGGACGUGAUUGUUGAGAGCGCCAUCUCAUAAAUAAAUUCGCAAAUGAUGUAUUAUAUACCUAAUAAAAUAGUUGAUAGAACUAUGGCUCGGUUAAUUUAUAGAUUGGUGAUCAUAAGAUGCAAACUGCUCUGUCUCCCCCUUCUCUUUUUCUUUUUGUGCAUGUCUCUCUCUUUUCCUUUUAAUUAACAAUUAUCGUGUACAGCUUGUAAAUGUCUUACUCUAUGACGUCUACAGUGAGAUAAUAAUACACAAUUUCAUUUUUGUUUGAGGAUACUUGCACUGAAAAUAUCGUAAUGAAUUUACCAUUUUUAUAUAUAGGUAAAGAGACAGAGAGAGUCGAUUCAUACUUCCUGCGAAUGCAAAUACGAAAAUAAUUUUGACGUCACAAUAAACUCACAACAAAAAAUUCACAUAAACUCAGUUGACUUGCGGUUCAACUCCUGCGAAACAUUAACCUUUAGUCAAGAUGUCAAGCGCGACCCCAGAUGUCACGCCAGCGCCAGCGGCGAAGCCGUGAAGCGCCUUUUAUAGCAUCUCGUUUUGUGGGCUUAUGUUUUUUGCUUUACCUUUUGCAUAUUGCAUGAUCCUGAUGAGUAGUGGCCAACAAGAAGACACAACAACCACAGAUGACACGUCGCGUGCACGCACCAUUACCCACACACAAAAUGGUGCACUAAAAAGUCACGCGUUCGGGGAAACGGACAAAAGGUACAUAUAUGAUUAACUGAUAUGAACAACGAGUUGCUAAAGGCGCUUUGCGGCUUCGCCGCUCGCGCUGGUCCCUUUUCGUGCGUGACAUCUGGGUGUGCCGCUGCUGCGUGCGCCAUGAAUAAAGGCUAGCGAAACGUUCAUUUCAAGGACAGCAAUGUGACGUCAACAUUCGAUUCGCGUUCACAUAACCCUAACCCUGCAAAUUGGCAGGAAGUGCACAGAGCUAUAGUUACAACUCAUGAUCUACUAAUUAUUACCUGCCAAAAAACACGUUAUUUUGGCAAAUUUCUCCAUCACGGUUAGUUUGGAGAUAGGUAUAAGCAGUUUGGGCUAUGAGGUUCAAUUGAAUAUAAACAGCGAUUGGAAUCCAGCCUUUAAGAGUGCGUUAUUAUGAAAUCAUAAAUACCGCCGACAGUUAAGCUAUUCAUAUUGGUGGAGAGCGCAUCACGUGGGAAUGUUUAAAUGGUUGAUAAUGACCAGCUGGAGCUGUUAAUAAUCGUUUGUUCGGAUACGUUCAGCAUGCAUACCACGCGCUACUCUUGGUGUAAGACGUUUCUCUUUUACUGGCGAUGCGGGCGCUGUUGGUGAGUUGGCUGCGCUGUGUGUGAAAGGAAAACAGAAACGUCUUGCAUCAAGACUACGCGUACGAAUGCAUAUCCAAAAACUCUCUCAGUCAUACAAACGCAACACAGGUACAGAGCUCAAGGACGUCGAAAAACGGAUAAUUUUUACAGAGUUUCUUACUUUAUUACGCCUUUUUAG